AUGCCUCUUGGUGCACCUAGUUCAGAUGGUGAGCAGGGCCAACCAAUCUUGUCCAAUUUUUGUGAGUGUUCAGGAAUACAUCGGAGUCUUGGAGUACAUAUAUCAAAGGUAAGGUCUACAACUUUGGAUACGUGGUUACCGGAGCAGGUUGCUUUCAUGCAAUCUAUGGGUAAUGAUAAGUCUAACAGUUAUUGGGAAGCAGAAGUGCCACCAAAUUUUGACAGAAGUGUGAUCGACUAUUUUAUCCGUGCCAAGUAUCAGGAGAGAAAAUGGGUCUCUAAGCAUUCAACAAAGCAAAAUCACAUAGUAGGUGAAAAGAGCUCUAAUUGUGACAAACUGGUCGAAAGUGGAGCCAAAAUUGGCAUUCCCAAGAAGGCAAGAAAAUAUUCUCUUGAGGAAGGGAUUCUCAAUAGAUACAUGUCACAAGUUACUCCUCCAACAACCAGACCUCGUGGGGUAAUAUCAGUCUUUCAUUGA